CUACUCCAACAGAAAACUUAGUUUACUGUAUGUUGACAACAGAAAGUAACCUAACGGGCACCUGUAGCACUGACAGUAGCUACUUCCUUUAAAAGCUUGGUGUUUAUUUUGCACAGUUGUUUUGGGCGCUUUGGUGUGGACGCAACACAAUGAGCUGACUGAUCUGCAGUAAACAUGGGUCAGCGAGAAGAAGCCAAGGCGUCGUGCCUCAACGUCCUCACCUACCACAGAGAGCUGCUGGUGUCCAGGUUGAGGAGUAUUCAGUGCAUCCUGGACAACCUGUUGGCCUGUGGCUUCCUCUGUGAAGAAGAUGUAGAGAUUGUACAGCAGACUGUUACCAAGAAGGAGCAGGUGCGCAAAAUCUUGGAGCUGGUCCAAUGCAAAGGGGAGGAAGCCUGUGAAUACUUUAUUUACAUCAUAUAUAAAGUAUGUGAUGCAUACAUAGACCUCCAGCCGUGGUUGAAAGAGAUCAACUACAAGCCAAGCAAUGACAUAGCAGUGAUGAAAGUGGUGAACACUGAUCCCAUCAGCAGGUAUUGUGAGAAGCUGAGGCAUGAGAUGAGCCGGGACACCUGCUUCAUCAUGUCGUAUGGCCAGGGAGAGGAAACACGUCUAGAGGAACUAUACACUGACACGCUGAUGGAACUGUUGAGUGACUGCAAUGAAAGUAUGGGAUUCUUAGAGAGUCUGGACCAGCUCCUGGGAGAAAAUGCAGUCUUCAAUCCACAAGGUGAAACCAUCUAUGUGACGGGGGAUGCUGGCGUGGGAAAAUCCAUCCUCCUGCAGAAGCUCCAGAACCUCUGGUCCAACAAAGAGCUGCAGACGGACGCCAUUUUCUUCUUUAAGUUCCGCUGUAGGAUGUUCAGCAUCCUCAAGGACACAGAACACAUCUCUCUCAGAGACCUUUUGUUCAAAUACAACUGCUACCCCGACCAUGAUCCAGAUAACGAGGUGUUUGAUUAUAUCCUGCGCUUCCCUGAGAAGGUUAUAUUUACAUUUGAUGGAUAUGAUGAGAUUCAGGAGGAUCUAGACCUUAUGAAUGUACCUGAAGUGGUGUCCCCAGAAGGCAAGGCACACCCUCUCCAGCUGCUCGUCAGCUUGCUCAGUGGAAAACUACUCAAGGGCUCCCAGAAGGUGCUGACAUCCCGGACAGGAGUUGACAUCCAGAGUAGGGUGAUCAGAAAGAAGGUGGCCUUGCGAGGGUUCUCGCCUGUUCACUUGAAGACCUACACUGACCUACACUUCAGUGAGCAGGAGCACCGAAAGCUGGUGUCAGUUCAGCUGGAAGCUAGCCCCCACCUCUACGGCCUGUGCUCCACACCACUGUUCUGCUGGAUUGUAUUCAAAAGCUUUAGGCACCUGCACACCAUGCAUGAUAGUUUUCAUCUGCCUGAAGCCUGUAUAUCACUCACUGACAUCUUCCUCCUGCUGUCUGAGGUCUUCCUCAGCCACUCCACCUCCCCUGCUCCACCUCUGGUGAAGAAAAGCACUCGCUGUGCCUCAGAGACUUUCAAAGCAGGGCUCAGGCCUCUUGCAGCAUUUGCAAAACUAGCUCUUCUGGGAAUGGAGAAAGGGAGCUUCAUUUGCAGCCAAGAGGAGAUCACUGAGUGUGGUCUGACUGAGGAGGACCUGCCCCUGGGCUUUCUUCGAGCCAUUAGUGAGUAUGAUGCCAGUGGAAGCCCUGCUUCAUUUGAAUUCCUCCAUAUCACCCUUCAGUCUUUCUUGGCAGCGUUUGCUCUCGUAUUGGACGAGCAGGCUGCUCCAAGCUCCAUCCUCAAGUUCUUUACAGAGUGUAGCAGGAAAAGAGAAUCAUCCUGUCUGCCUUUUCAGUUCUGUAUCAGUGGAUCUUCGAAGCCCAGCGAAAAGAAGCCCUUUGCAACUAAUGAACACCUUCAGUUCACUAAUCUGUUCUUGUGCGGACUGCUGUCCAAAGCUCACCGUGGCCUGAUUGAGAAUCUGGUAUCUCCUGUGCUGUUAAAGAAUAAACGGGCCUUACUAAAAUCCUACCUUUCCACCAGCAUAAAGUCCCACCUCCAUGGCUUACCCCACUACGAGAGUGACGACGGCAAGAAAGUCCAUGUUUUGCCAAACUUCCUUUGGCUACUGAGGUGCAUCUUUGAGACAGGGAGCAAAGACAUCGCUCAAAUGACAGCAAAAGGCAUCACGGCUGCCAUCAUCAAGCUGGGUUACUGUAACGUGUUCUCAGGGGACUGCACCGCCCUGAACUUUGUGCUGCAGCACCGUCAGAAGCACAUAGGGCUCGACAUGGACAACAACAACAUCAGUGACUACGGGGUGAUGCAGCUGAAACCCUCCUUUUGUAAAAUGACAAUAGUAAGAUUAUCUGUAAAUAACCUGUCAGACAGCAGCAUUGAGAUUCUUGCAGAGGAGCUUUGUAAGCAUAAAGUUGUGGAGAUUUUGGGCCUUUACAACAAUCAGAUCACUGAUGUUGGAGCCAAGCUAGUUGCUCAGAUCAUUGAAGCGUGUCCGAAGCUGCGAGUUGUCAAGAUUGGUAAAAACAAGAUCACUACUGUUGGGGGGAAGUAUUUGGCGGGCGCAAUUCAGAAGAGCACUUCUGUAUUCGAUGUAGGAAUGUGGGGGAACAGUAUUGGUGAUGAGGGAGCAGAAGCAUUUGCAAAAGCUUUGAGACACCACCCAAGCCUUACUAACCUCAGUCUCUCAGCUAAUGGCAUCACAUCCAAAGGUGGAAAGUGCCUGGCAGAAGCUCUGAAAGAGAACAGCGUCCUCAGGAUAUUUUGGUUAGUGCAGAAUGAGCUGACUGAUGAUGCAGCUCCACACUUGGCUGAGUUGGUCCAGGCUAACACAGGAUUAAGACACCUCUGGUUAAUCAGCAACCAGUUCACUGUGGAUGGGAUCAAGCAGCUCGCUGAGGCCCUCGCUCACAACACAGCACUCAAAGAGAUAUGCUUGAAAGGAAACCAGCUCCAUGAAGAGGAAGAGAAACUGUUUGAGGCAGAGAAAAGGAUGCGGUUCCACUGACUGGGCACUCCUGUGAGACACAUGCAUGUGCUGAGUACAAUCUGCAUAGCAGAACAGAUGCAGAGUGUGUUCACUGUGGACAUGUAGUAUUUCACCUAUGGGCACUUAGCUGUAAUGGAAAUUCUCUAUAUUCACUAAUUCAUCAUGCAUUGUUGAUGAAACCAUUUUUUGCACUGAGGAAACUGUGUGUGUCUUGUUCCAUGUAGGGGAUGUUUACCUGACAUUUUACCAAAUGUUUGACAGUUUUACGUGACUGUUGGCAAAAAAGGAAGUGGAAGCACUGAUGAACAAGACGAAAAUGAAGCAAUACCUUCCUUCUUUGUCUUGUGUGACUAUAUCUAUCUAUAGAUAAUCUUAUUUUAUUUUAUUUAUUGUUGGCUGUUCCUCUGUACUGUGUUUUCAUAGCCAGUGCAAUGAAUUUCCCCUGAUAGACUCUCCGUCUACACGAACAACACGUGGAGCUUAGUUAGUAAGAAAGACUUCCCUUUAUCAUUACUCUCCGGAUGCUCCUCAUCUGUUCCCCUCUAUAGACCCUUUUCACACAUCACAUUUUAUCUCGCUGUAGCAGGAAAUUCAUAAAAUGACUUAUGACUCCGUUCCAUUCAAGUGUUCCAGUACCCUACUGUGCGACAGUGAACAGGCAGCCCCCUGAAAGUGACACACUUCAACAGAAGGUGAUCAUUACUCAAGGAACAAUAUUAGUAAGGAUAGGUAUCUGUCUAUCCCUAAUCUUAAUGUUCAUCUUUAAAUGAACAAACUACGCUUUCGUGACAGAAAUGCAGUGGGUGUAUACAGAAAUGAGCAGUCUUGAUGCAACUAAGCUCACUAAGCUCCAUGUUUAAUAGAAUUUGUGAAAAAUAAUUUGAAUAGGACACUGUUCAGGCUGAUUAUACUGCUGGAUUUUUACUAAAAAAUUUGGAUUAGUUUUAAACACAAAACAUAAAAAUGCAAUAAGUACAAGAGAAUGAUUGGUAUCCAAAGGAUUCACUCUUAAUUGCUUUUUGUACAUAGUUUUACAGGAAAGAAAUAUUUCAACAUAUUUUCUAUUUGUUAUGAUUUUCUGUCUUUGUCACUUACAUAUUGAACAGCACACAUUCUCGUUUACAUUUCAUUAGGUAAUUGUCGUUGGGGCUCAGAACUGGCAAGGAAUAAAUUAUGAAAAUGCUAAAAAAA